AUGGGCGCGAGCGCGUCUUCUCCUCCACGCUCAGGCCGGAGCCUCGGGGAAAGCGAGGCCGGGACUCUGAGCCCCGCGCACCGGCCGGAGCGCAGUCUGGACGCGCGACGCGACGUGUCGGUCCCCAAGCGGCGGAGAGGAGCUCUCGAAAUGCAUUUAAGCAACGGUCACUUCUCCUCGGAAGAGGAGGAUUCGGACGGUCAGGACGGCAAGGCCGGGGCGGCCGGCGCGCGCCUGUCCCCGCGGAGGACCGUCGCGCAGGUCCUGAGAGACAAGAAGCAGCAGGCGCAGCUCACCCUGCAGUGGCUUGAAGAGAAUUACAUUGUGUGCGAAGGAGUUUGCUUACCGCGGUGCAUCCUGUAUGCGCACUAUUUAGAUUUCUGCAGGAAAGAGAAAUUGGAGCCAGCCUGUGCAGCCACCUUUGGAAAGACAAUUCGCCAGAAAUUUCCCCUCUUAACGACACGGCGGCUUGGAACAAGAGGCCAUUCAAAGUAUCAUUAUUAUGGGAUUGGCAUCAAAGAAAGCAGCGCAUAUUACCACUCUGUGUAUUCUGGAAAGGGCCUGACAAGGUUUUCUGGAGGCCGGCUGAAGAACGAGGGUGGCUUCACUCGUAAAUAUUCACUUAGCUCAAAAACUGGAACACUUCUUCCGGAAUUCCCCAGUGCUCAACACCUUGUGUACCAAGGAUGCAUUUCUAAAGAAAAGGUUGAUACCCUCAUAAUGAUGUACAAAACUCACUGCCAGUGCAUCCUGGACAAUGCAAUUAAUGGAAACUUUGAGGAGAUCCAGCAUUUCUUAUUACACUUUUGGCAAGGGAUGCCUGAUCACCUUCUCCCCCUGCUUGAAAACCCUGUUAUCAUUGACAUUUUCUGUGUCUGUGACUCAAUUCUUUAUAAGGUUCUUACAGAUGUACUCAUUCCUGCAACAAUGCAAGAAAUGCCUGAAAGCUUAUUAGCAGACAUAAGAAAUUUUGCUAAAAAUUGGGAACAGUGGGUUGUUUCAUCCUUGGAAAACUUGCCAGAAGCUCUGACUGACAAGAAAAUACCUAUUGUGCGAAGAUUUGUAUCUUCUCUGAAACGACAAACAUCUUUCUUACAUCUUGCUCAGAUUGCCAGACCAGCUCUCUUUGACCAGCAUGUUGUGAAUUCUAUGGUAUCGGAUAUUGAAAAGGUGGACUUGAAUAGUAUUGGAUCACAGGCCCUGCUCACCAUUUCGGGGAGCACAGACACUGAAUCUGAUAUCUACACUGAACAUGACUCCAUUACGGUGUUCCAAGAACUGAAAGAUCUCCUUAAGAAGAAUGCCACUGUGGAGGCUUUCAUUGAAUGGUUGGAUACUGUGGUGGAGCAGAGAGUAAUUAAGACUAGCAAACAAAAUGGAAGAUCCUUAAAGAAGAGGGCUCAAGACUUUCUGCUGAAGUGGAGCUUUUUUGGUGCUCGAGUAAUGCACAAUCUCACCUUGAACAAUGCAUCCAGUUUUGGCUCCUUCCAUUUGAUCCGAAUGCUUCUUGAUGAGUACAUUCUCCUGGCCAUGGAGACGCAGUUUAAUAACGACAAGGAGCAGGAGUUACAGAAUUUAUUGGACAAGUACAUGAAAAAUUCAGAUGCAAGUAAAGCUGCCUUCACUGCUUCUCCGAGUUCAUGCUUUCUGGCAAACCGUAAUAAGGUGAGCAGCGUUGCCAGUGACACUGUGAAGAAUGAAAGCCACGUGGAAACAGCCUAUCUUCCUCUGUCAUCCGGUCAAUCUGGAGGCCUAACCUCUGCUCUGCACCCAUUCCCUGCUGGCAAUACAGACAACGUGACACUCACAGGUCAAAUGGAACUUUCCCAGAGUGCUGGUCACCUGAUGACACCACCCAUUUCUCCAGCCAUGGCCAGUCGAGGGAGUGUCAUCAACCAGGGUCCAAUGGCAGGGAGACCCCCAAGUGUGGGCCCAGUACUGUCAGGCCCGCCACACUGCUCCACAUACCCAGAGCCCAUUUACCCUCCUCUUCCUCAAGCCACCCAUGGCUUUUAUGGGACCACCUCCAACUACCAGGCUGUGUUUAGGGCGCAGCCUCAGCCCCCGCCGGGACUCUACCCUCAUCGCACGGAGCACGGCCGGGGCAUGGCCUGGAAUGACCAGCAGCUCUCUCGGGACUUCUUCAGUGGCAGCUGUGCUGGGUCCCCGUAUAAUUCUCGGCCACCUUCCAGCUAUGGACCAUCCCCGCACAGCCAGGAGUCACACAGUAUGCAGUUUUUAAAUACAGGAAGCUUCAAUUUCCUGAGCAACGCGGGGGCUGCCAGCUGUCAAGGAGCAACACUGCCUCCUAACUCACCGAAUGGAUACUAUGGAAACAAUGUAAACUACCCAGAUUCUCAUAGACUUGGACCGAUGGUGAAUCAACACGUUUCUGUCAUCAGCAGUGUUCGCUCACUGCCUCCCUACAGUGACAUCCACGACCCACUUAACAUUUUAGAUGACAGUAGUAGAAAGCAGACCAGCUCAUUUUUUGCAGACACAUCACCUUCAGUUGCGUGUCGAACUCCGGUAGUAGCACCCAGCCUGCAAACCCCAGUUCCUCCCUCCUCCUCUCAGUGCAUGUACGGAACCUCCGGUCAGUACCCGGCUCAAGAAACCCUGGACUCGCACGGCGCCAACGGGGGAGAAAUGGUGUCCUCCCUACCCCCCAUCAACACUGUGUUCUUGGGGGCAGCAGCCGGAGGCACUUAGACAGAUGAUGGGGGGGUCAACUCUAAAAAUCCCUCCUGCUAAAUAUUAUUUACUCAGACCCUCAUCAGAGUGAAGACAAUGAAUUAUGUGGUGUCAGGACAUCGUUUUUCAAGUCACUGGGACAAAACAAUGGACAACUCCAUAGUGAAUGGAGAUACUUGCAGUUUGCUUUGCGCACAAAUUAUCUAAAAUGUGAUCUCAUUAUUAAUCAUAGUUUCAAAAUAUUAUCAAAUGGAACCAGUGGAGCUUCAAAGAUGCAAGCAUUUAAACUACGAAGAUUUAAUAUUUCACUUCCUAAUUUAUUGAAAACCUGUGUGCUGUUUCAUCUUUGGUUUCUAAAAAAGAGAAAAGUUUAUUUAAUGCCUUUGAAAUACCUUUAAUAUAUUAGAUCUCAGAUUCAUUGUUUACUAUCUCUUAUUUGACAGAAAGUCAAAUGUGUAUGUUCUACCUCCUAUGGAAAUGUUUACAAAGUCAAGACUCAAUUCAAUCAGCCUAGACCAAAGUUGCUUGACUUUUAAUUCCUGUGCAUUAGUGUGAUGAUUCCUGUUACAUAGCAGUAUUCCAAUUCUAUGUAACUGAAUGGAGAUUUUAAAUGCUUUCCCUCUUUAUUUAAAAAAAAUGAGAAAUAAAAUAUGGAAAUA